AUUCGAUUUAAAAAAAUAUAUAUUUAGUAGAAUUGACCCUCUGUUCUUAAUCUGUGGCCUCAGGUUCGAAAAGAAAAAUAAAAGGUGUCUGUUAUCUAAUCACAGCGUUUACAACAUGGGUCUAUUAAAAAAGACUACAGGUCUCACAGGUUUGGCAGUUGCUGCCAAUCCACACCACACCUUAGGAGCACUAUAUGGAAAGAUCUUGAGAACUCUCCAAAAAAUGCCUGAAAAUGCAGUGUAUCGGAAAUAUACAGAACAAAUUGUGCGUGAAAGAGCUGCUGUCCUCCAACAGACCAAAGAUGUGUGUGAAAUAGAACAGAAAAUUAAUUGUGGUCAAGCUGAAGAAUUAAUCAUUCAAGCUGAAAACGAACUAAAUCUGGCUCGAAAAAUGUUGAACUGGAAACCAUGGGAACCUCUUGUUGCAAAGCCACCCAAAGGACAGUGGGACUGGCCUCCAGCACAGCAAUAAAUUUUUUGCCCGAUUUUGAGUAGUCCUUAAAUCUUAGAGAAUAUACUAUUAAAAUAAAUAUUUAUCAUUAUUUUUACAUAGGAAAUAAAAUUCAGUUAUUGUAAAAACUUUUUUAUUCUUAGUUUAAAUCUAAGACCAGUCCAUUUAACCAUGCAUGUAAUUCGGAGAACACAUAAAACAUUUCAUAUAUUUUUAUAGUAAGAUCUGAUAUAUAGUGAUUUAUCUAAAAUGACUAUAAAUUUAAUAAAGAAAUGGCUAUUUUCAAGAUUUAAUAUCAUACAAUUUAAUAUCACUAUGUUUCAAGUAGUGUUAUUUUAAAUAUACUUCAAAAUAUAUCCCUCAGGAAGAUGUGG